AUGCUGUCCAAAGUAAGUACAUUUAUUUUCUAAUAUUGGAUAGAAAUUAUAUUGUACUUGAUAUUUAUCUCAAUUCUUAGUCAGGAAACCGUUCCAAAAGCGAACAUUCCACUCCGGCAGCUACUGGAGGCCGAGGAUCGUUGAGUUUCCUGCAUAAAUUGAAUCCACACAAUAAAACAUCACCAACACAACCGGAGAAGUGAGAUUUUAAAUUUUUUGUUGAUUUUGAGGCGAAAUAAAUACAAAUUGCUGGAGAAUCAGCUGAGUCUUGUUCCAGCACCUUCGUAGUUCAAGUAGAGCCCACCGAAGUCCGUGAUGUUCCCGUUGAUCCUCUUCAACUAACUCCGGAAUUCAAAUCCGGCGAUAUAAAUGAAACCCAAUGUUCGCCUGAUGAAGUUUGGUUCGAAUCAUCGACGGAUCCCUCAAAAACGGCGCAGUUCCGACCUGGAAGCAUAUCUCCCGUGAGUCCCUCGCCGAUGGAACGUCGUGCCAAUGAGCGAGAGGCGGUUCAGAUCUCGUUGGAAGAGCAUUUGGAGGAUUUUAGAGGCGGAAGGAUGAGGUCUUGUAAGUUUGUUCGAUAUUUUUGUUAUUUUGUUCCGUUUUUAGUAACAGAUGCGCAAGUAAACAAACUAAGAGCGAUGCACGAAGGUCAAUUGAGGCUCACAGCGCUCCACCAACAGUUGACGGAGUUUGACGAUCCUCUAAGGUAGGUGUUGGACAUCAACAAGAUUGAUUAGAAAAUUGAGUUUAUUAUUUGAAAUUCUAACUUUUGAUCAGAGAUUGCCACGGCUCCGGAGCCGGCUCUCGGCUCCGGCUCUGAGCGGCUCCGAGCCGGGAGCCAGAGCCGGAGCCGGAAAUUUUGGGGUCGGCUCCGGCUCCCGAGCCCAAAGACGGAGCCAGGCUUCCCAGCGGUCAGAAAAGUAAAAAUUCUGUGAUCUUGUUAAACCAAAUUGCCUGAAAAACACUGCGGAGGAUGUGACUUGACUGCAAAAACGUUGGCUGUAUGAUCUCUGGCACUAAUAACUUUUAUUUUUGGAAAAAUAUUUUAAAAAAAACAUUUUGCACGGAGCCAAGAGCCGGAGCCGGAGCUGCAAAUUUGGCCUCGGCUCCGGCUCUGGGAGCUAAGAGCCGGAGCCGGAGCCGAAAUUUUGACCGUGGCAAUCUCUGCUUUUGAUGAGGGAUAUUGACAAAAUAUGAACUUGAAAUUCUAAACUAGCAUUUUGAAGCAAAAAAUGUUCUUGGAAAAUGAAAAUUUGGAGGUUUUUUCAUAUUGAACACCUCAUGGAUAAUAUCCAGCGAAGACUUAUAUCUAUUUUUUGAUCAGAGUUUUGAUACAGACAGUAAACCUUGGAGCAAAUAGUAUAAUUCUUGUGCUCGACUACUCAAAUUUCUAAUUAAAAUAGCUUCUUCGCGGAUUUUAAAUUUUUCGCACAGUGCAGUCAUCUUUUCGAUUUUUUUAAACUGCGCAUUUAUCGCCACUUCUCGUGUCCAAAGGUAAAAUAGGUCGUUUCAGAGACUUUGAUAUGGAUGAGAAGUACUCAGAGAUCGGGCGAUGUCUGGACGAGCUUCAUCAGCAGAUCGUUGAGUUUAGUGAUCCGACCAGUUCGUAG